AUGGCUCCCCAGCACAAUCCUGACGAGUUCAUGGCUGACGGAGAUCUUGAUCCCUCCUUCUCGGUCGAGUCGUUCUUCGCCGAGGAGGCUGCGACCCCUGCUGUCUCCGCGCCCCCUCCUACCAAGAGGGUUUGUGCUGCCGCCUCAUCAAGCUCUGCGCCAGUGGCUCCUCCGGCUGUUUCCCGGAGGCCGACGGCUGCUCCUGCUGCGGCCCCAGUGGCUGGACCGUCGAAUGCUGUGCCUUCCACGUCUAACUCCACCCAGGAAGUAGCUCCGGUCCCCGCCUUGACUCUUACUGGCCGCUUUCUCCGUCUCCGUCGUAAUCGGGAGACUGUCGGUGUUGUUGUAAAUAACCUUGCCCGUGACACACAGUCGGUGGUCGUCAUCCUGUUUCCGGAAGCCUUGGAGUCUCACCGCAGCCGAAUUGUCACGCGCGUGCGCAGUGUGUUGCGCGGUCGCGACUUUGCUGGUGGUCGCGUGCCUGCCUUCGAGGCCUCUGCUGGUGAACUGCUGCGUCUGCCCUGCCGGUCGUACGCUCGUCAUGUGUUCCAAUGGCCAUCGCGGGACGAUGCUGCCCGUUUUCGUGGUCUCCUGCCGAUUACUUACCGUGCUGCUGAUGGCCCGACCGCGGAAAUCAAGGUUUACGUGGAUCCCGUCCCUGAGUUCACUGCUGCCAAGGCCCGGGGCGAGCCGGUCUUGGUGAUCCGCAACAUCCCGAUCGGCUUCGCCACGCAGGACAUCAAGAACCUGCUGGUCGGCCGUCGCACCGAGGGUGGUGCCAGGUGGUUGGGUGACCUUCUGCAUUUUCAUAAGGUUUUUGACCCGUAUGAAGAGUCUUAUCUCCCGCAGAUGGCCGGCGUCCCUGUCGCCCCCGAGAACGAUCCGCUUUUCGACGCUGUUCCUGCAGUCAUUUGGAUCCCACAGGUCCAGGAACCCAUGCUGGUCAACAUCUCUUCCCACUCCUGCGCUGUCUGCCCCAGUAACCACCGUACGAGGGACCACAGCAGCUUUGCUGCGGUCCGCAGGAACCGCAUCAGUAAUCCGUUCACGAUCACUGUCGGACAGCUGCAGCAUGUUAACAGUACCUCCCUCUGCUUAUUGCAUCUUCUCAGUGCUCCUGUUUCCUUGUCUUUGCGCACUUCUCACGCUUCAGACACUGUUAUCUUUCAUCCUCCUUGUCUUUCUGGCUGCCUGGGGUCAGAACUAGUGCUCUGGACCAUCUUCUCUCUUGGCCUCCCUUCCUUACGGAAGGGCUUGGUUCUUCUCAAUUUUUCCUUGGUUCCCCUUUGCCUUUUUCCCAAUCUAACAGCCAGGGUCAUUGGCGAGCACCCUGCCGUGGUGUCCUUCAAGUCCGAUCCCGGUCUGAUUUUCAUCGGCACCGAUGUGGAGGUGGAGGUCUGGACCUGUGGACUCUGCGGUUUUUGCUGCGGAUGGGCGCUGGACAGCGCUAUGGAUCACCUUACCAGCUCCGGACACGCUGCUGCGCUCCAGAAUGUCGCCGGCAGUGUGACUCCUAUCGAAGGGUUCGGCGAUAUGAAGGCUCACGACUUCAACAGGAACGCAUCCAUUGCUGCCUUCCUCGCGUAG